GCUUUCUUUACUGGGAGAACCCCAGUCUCCAUCAGCUUGGGAUCAAUAUUUGGAGCAAUUGAUCCUGAUUGAUUGGCAGUUUGGACAAUAGGGAUGAUAAAUGAUUGACGUCUGGUUGUGGCUGGAAUAAAAAGGCGGGGCUUAGAGUCGGUUACAAGGCUGGCUUUCUUUGCUGGGAGAAGCUCAAUCUCCAGCAGCUUGAGAUCAGUAUUUGGAGCAAUUGAUCCUGAUUGAUUGGCAGUUUGGGCAGCAGGGAUGAUGGGUGAUUGACAGCUGCCUGUGGCUGGAAUAAAAAGAAAUAUAUUUCUGGGUUAAGAGUCGGUUACAAGGCUGAAUGUCUUUGCUGGGAGAACCCCAGUCUCCAGCAGCUUAGGAUCAGUAUUUGGAGCCAUUGAUCCUGAUUGACUGGCAGUUUGGGCAACAGGGAUGAUGGAUGAUUGACAUUUGGUUGUGCCUGGGAUCAAAACAAAUAUAUUUCUAGGCAAUCAAGAAAUAUAUUUCUGCAAAAUACAUAAGGUUAAGGGUCCAUAUUUGUUGUGUUUUGGGAAUUGAUUGGAAUUGGAAAUUGAUUGGUUGGAAUCGGCUUGAUCAAAGCUGGCGGGGAGGUUUGUGGAUCCUGGGUAGAAACUAGAUCCGAUCUUGGGAGAUUUUUAUUUAUUAUGGCCUUUCCACCAUGGCAAGAAGUGGGAUCCAAUCUUAGAUGCAUUGCUGAGUUUUAAGGCCUUGGAAAGGUCUUUGGGGUCAACCUAUAGGGUGGCAUUUAUUUAUUUUGGGGAGCAAAGGGAUGUCCUCUCCUUCGAAGCCAGGGUCCCCCGGAGGGGCCGGGUUGCUGCAAGGGAGCCGGACCCGAUCCUACGGCAGCCUGGUCAAGACGGUGAGCUCGCCCGUCCGGGAACGGCGCCUGGAGCAUCGCCUCGAACCCGGGGAUACCCUCCAAGGCCUGGCGGUCAAGUACGGGGUCACGACAGAGCAGAUCAAGAGGGCCAACCGUCUCUACACCAACGACUCAAUUUUCCUGAAAAAGACUGUCUUCAUCCCGGUGCCGAUGGAGCCGAAGUCCUUGUCGAACGGGUUGAAUCUUGAUGAGGACGAAGAGGAGGAAAAGGGAGAGGAGGCCGCCGCAAAAGUGGGAGACGGGCCGGGAUCCAGGGCCCCCGAAACCCCAAAGAAGCAGAAGCACCCCCGGAAGAAUGGGUCCUCAAGCGGCGUCCCCAAACACGACCUCUCGGCCUCGGACUUCCUCUUCAAACUGGACUCUGAGAUCCGCCGCUCGAAGCAGGCCGCCACCAAGAAGCUGCGGGAUGGGGAGAGCCUGGCUUCCAGGGAUGAUCCGGAAUGGCCCGGCCAGACGCUCUCCUCUUCCUCCUCCUCUUCCUCCUACCAGAACGAGCUGUCUCCACGCAGCCAGCAGCGGGCUCUCUUGGGUCCUGUCCCGCUCACCAAAAUUGCCCGCGCCAACUCCAUCCGCGACCAAGAGGACGAGAUCUUCAAGCUUUGAGGGGACUCUCUGCCGCUCAGUCAUCCGACCCCCGUUAUUCCCUUUUUCCUUCUGGGAUUUUUUUUUUUUGCUCCUUGUCGGAGGUCCUUUGUUCUUGCCCUCCCGCCUCCAAGGUGGGGGUGAUCUCUUCGCAAAGAAUCCGGGAAUUUGUCUGGCGGAAAUGUGAUGAUGCAGGAUGUAAAUGAGGGAAGCGGGGGAAUAACAUGGGGUCGGAAAUAUGGAUUGGAGUCCUUCCUCCCGCCUCGAUUGGGAAACCCCUUCCUUGUGUGUUUUGAGAGACUUUCCUGUACCCCUUGGUUUCCGUCCUGAUUUCUCCCCCAUCCCCAAGUCUUUGUAUUUAUUGCCUCAAGUGCUUUCUUGCCCUUUCCUGCCCUUCCGCGCAGUGCAAUGAUAGUGCCGUGAUUCCGCUAGAACCGCCGAACUGCGGCAUCCUGCAAAGCCCUUAGGUUUGUGGUUUGCUCUCUCCAAGUUCCUUCGCUUACACUAUGAAGCAUAGUAGUGGAAUCGACGCACUAGUUGCACUGCGCCUGUCCCACAAAAGCUGAAAAGAAACUUUGCGCAACCCCUGAAUAUAUCUUUCUUGAGUCUGGUUGCCUACUGGGUCUUACAGCAAACCAGGGUCCUGCUGACAAAAUGGAGGUAUUCUGUUUUGAAGUUCACUUUUUUUCAGCUGGUUAUCGGAUUCCUCUCAUUUUUGGAUCUGAGGAGGAAUGUCUCCGUCCGGCCUUCCUUUUCUUGUCUUUUCCUUCCGGAUCCUCUGGCAAUGCUUCUGUCGCCUAACCUGUGAUUAAAACAAGGCGUCCCAUCAA